AUCCACUAACCCGAUCUGUCCCGACCCGUCACAUCACUUGAGGUUGAGGAUCAGAAAGGGUUAAGAAAAAGAAAGAGACGAGACAAUUAUACAUCUUGACCCUUUAAGGACGGAUCAGAGACGAGUCAGACAAUUUUCAGCCAUAGGCCACGAGGCCAUUUAUCAACCCACUCGGAUGAGAAAAAGAAUCGAUCUAAUGAUGCUAAUGUGAUCGUGGGCCCAGCUUGGAAGGCCUUGCUCCCUCCCGCACUGGAUCAACGCGGCCCGUUACUCUUUCCUUUGCGUUAUAUGGCUGGGCCAACAAAUCAAAUCUGGCCACUGUUUAAUUGAGGCGAGAUCUAGUUUAUGUGGGAAAAAAUCCCAAAGUACACUAGUUCUUAAAAAAAAUUCCCAAAAUACAUAAGUUAUAAAAAAAAUUCCAAAAGUACACAUGUUUGAGCAUCACCGUUUUAGACAAAAGCGGUGAAGGUCAUCACCGCUUUUGACUAAAACGGUGAUGUAUUCACCGUUUCAAACUAAAACGGUGAUUGCUUCACCGUGGGAGAGAAAAACGGUGAAGCACUGACCUGCGUCCAAACUUUAAAACAACGUAACUUUGUGCUCGGUUAUCCGAUCGUAGCGAAUUUUUUUUUGAUUCCGCAUAAUUUUUCGAGAUCUUGCAAGCCGCAAACGCCGGAGGCGGUUUGGUCCAGCCUUCGUCUCGAAAAUAUGUCGUUUGCUACCCCGAACGACCCUUUUUUCGAUUUCGUCAAACUUUGAACGACCAUAACUUUGUGCUCCACAAUCCAAAAAUCAUGAAUUUUUUUUUGAUUCCGCAUAACUUUUUAAGGACUACAAUUUUUAGUAGGAGAGAAUUUUCAAAAAAUGAAUUAUUUAUGGAUAUAAGGGGUUUUGGGAAUAACUUUACCUUCCCUUUUCAGGAAUCCAAGUACAUUCCGAAAUUAUGUCUAUGAUAAAAAUUGUAGUCCUUAAAAAGUUAUGCGAAAUCAAAAAAAAAUUCAUGAUUUUUGGAUUGUGGAGCACAAAGUUAUGGUCGUUCAAAGUUUGACGAAAUCGAAAAAAGGGUCGUUCGGGGUAGCAAACGACAUAUUUUUGAGACGAAGGCGGGACCAAACCGCCUCCGGAAGUUUGCGGCUUGCAAGAUCUCGAAAAAUUAUGCGGAAUCAAAAAAAAAUUCGCUACGAUCGGAUAACCGAGCACAAAGUUACGUUGUUUUAAAGUUUGGACGCAGGUCAGUGCUUCACCGUUUUUCUCUCCCACGGUGAAGCAAUCACCGUUUUGCUCUCACGCGGUGAAGCAUUCACCGUUUUGCUCUCCCACGGUGAAGCAAUCACCGUUUUUCUCUCACGCGGUGAAGCAAUCACCGCCCUUCUCUGACGCGGUGAAGGCCCAAACAUGUGUAGAUUGGGAAUUUUUUUCAUAACAUGUGUAUUUUGAGAAUUUUUUUUAAAAACAUGUGUAACUUGGGAUUUUUUCCAGUUUAUGUGCGACAACGAUUAUAUAUUUGGGGGCUUAAUUGCAAGUUUGGUCACUCGAAUUGCUAUAAAAUUUCAUGCUUGCCACUCAAAUUAAUUUAUUCCAUUUAUAGUCACUCGAAUUAGUUGAACAGUUCAACUUCGGUCACUCUCCGUUAACCUCUGUUAACUUUGACUGACGUGGCGGUCAACUCUGAUAGUUGACCGUUAAAUGUGUGACGUGGAAAUUAAAAAAUAAAAAUUAAAUUUUUAGAAAUUACACAUCAUUAUCACAAAAAAUUAUAAUUAUAAAAAAUAAAAAGCCGAAUGGAAGCAAAAAUUCCCAAAAUCACUUAUCGCAGCUUCAGCUUCCCAAUUUAUUCAUUACUGAAAAUGGCAAUUCGGACCACUAUCAGUUCUCUGUUCAGCCCUGUUCUUCUCUUCCUGAGCCUCCUGUCUGCCUCCGCCGACUAUUCAAACUCGGCGGCGGCGGCAUCAGAAGCAGCCGGCGGUGGUAUCGGACCAUGCUUCACGUCACUGUUCAGCUUCGGCGACUCCGUAAGCGACACCGGCAACCAGAUGCUGCUGGGUAAGUGCCCUCACUGUUGCUCCCUACCAAACGGCGAAACUUACUUCGGUCGCCCGACUGGUCGCUGCUGCAACGGGCGUCUCAUCGUCGACUUCAUUGCUGAGAAAUUGGGGCAUCCUCUGCUGACGCCGUUUCCGGGAGAGCUGAAGAGCAGCAAUUUCCGGUUCGGGGCAAACUUGGCGGAGGGAGGCGCGUCGGCCUUUGAAGAGCAGCAACGUACGUGGCAUCGUGACCACUUAGUAGCAGCCGUCUCGGCCACCGAUGGCGUUGCGGCCGAAGCCGAUAGCGCAGUUGGCCAGGCGCUUGCGGUGGGAUUGCCAGUUGGGGUCGCAUCGCCAGCAGUCGCCGAUAUGAUUGCCCGUGGAACAAGACAAGUAUCCCAACUUCCUUCUUGCCGUGCUGUUCCUAAUGCUCCUGUAAACAAAGAUUCAUGGUACGUAACAGAUUAACAGCUAAUCUAAAGAGAGUGGGGAAAUAUAACGAUUAAUGGCUUCUAUAAUGUUGGAGAUGGAGCAAUUAUGGUUGGGAAGGAUUUUUUUUUCAUUUUUUUAUAAUUAUAAUUUUUUGUGAUAAAGAUGUGUAAUUUCUAAAAAUUUAAUUUUUAUUUUUUAAUUAUUUUUUAUUUGCCACGUCACACAUUUAACGGUCAACUGUCAGAGUUGACCGCCACGUCAGUCAAAGUUAACAGAGGUUAACGGAGAGUGACCGAACUUGAACUGUUCAACUAAUUCGAGUGACUAUAAAUGGAAUAAAUUAAUUUGAGUGGCAAACGUGAAAUUUUAUAGCAAUUCGAGUGACCAAACUUGCAAUUAAGGGUUCCGUUUUCUUAUCUAUGUAGGAUUCCGGAUCCAGAGGCGUCAGCGUAACAUCCAAGUGGAUUUCGGAUCAGACUCGGCCCACCAGCUUAACGUGAGCCCAAAUUACCAGAGGCCCGGGCAACGGCAGCCCAACGAUCUCUUUUUAUCAUGAUGAUGCAUUAUGCAUGCACGUGGACAUUCUAAACAUGUACGUACAAAUGUAGGCUAAACUAGUUUGGUAAGCUAGCUAGUUUGAUAAUUAGAUAGGGUAGGUAAUGUCAGUUAAUUGUAUAAAUAUAGGCUAAACUUUGUGCAUAUUCCCUUCUCUAGCGAGCGAGCUAGAGCUAGCUCUGCCUAAUAAAAGUAAUUGAGCUAUCAUAAAUCGUCACGAGCUUGUUUUUUUACAUGAAUUCAGAUUAGGAGUUAAAUACACUUUCAUUGUCUAAUGAUUCGUCGGACUGAACUCUAGUGAGAACUUUGAAGUGAUCGAUCAAACCCAAAUCUCGUGGAUUCAUAAGUUUCUCCUUUCUUCGUUAUCAACCUUUAAUGUAUUGAAUACUAUAUAUCUUCAAACUUAUCGAAAAGAGAGUAGAUAGUUUACCUAUAUUUACCAAACAAUAUUCGAAAAUAUAAGCGACUCGAUGGUAGGCUAUCAACCAUAUUCUCCUCCAAUACGUACCUACUCUCAGAGGUCUGAUUCCAGGAAAGUUGGUGACGAACAUAACAAUAUUCCCACUAUCAUGAGUGGUUCUAAGCAUGAAUCCCCAAAGAAGGUCGAAAAAAAGAGAGGAAGAGGCUCUCUUUUUCCAAAAGGAGGGAGAAGGAGAGCUUCGAGGAGCAAUACUUUGUAGCAAAGCUCAUCACAUGGUGGCUUUCGGUAUUGGGCUAACAAACAGAAGGCUGGUUAGCUUGUUGUGUAGGGAGGGAUCAUAUAGAUAGCCUAAAUAAGACCUAAAAGGGAAACAAAGCAAAGAAGCUAGCUAUAGGAAAGUAGAGAGUGAGGAAGGUGAGCAGGUUCUUUGGGGCUUUCUCCUUUGCCGUUGGUAUUCCUUUGCCUAAAACCGAAUCUCAGAAAAACUACGUACCACUUUCUUUACUCGAUCGCCUAAACUCGUUGCCAUGAUGGUGACAAUAUAGAUUAUAGGGUUAGCCAUUGAUUGAAGGAAAGGAGUUUGUGUACUGAAACUCAAACCAAUUUGAGUGCAUUUAAACUCGAGCCAGUAUUAUAAUUGGAUCAAAUAUAGUUAUCCAAUGAUUCGAUGCAUUGUCAUUCCUAAAGCGAGGCUUAUUAGCUUGUAUGAAAUGUGACAUAACAUGGAAGAUGAGUCUUUGGGGGUACUUUUAUUAUCUCUUGAGCUCAUAUAUAAGUACAACGCCUAGCUUUUCAAAACUCAAUUAAUUUGUAAUUAUGAU